UCAAAAUUGUAAAACCCUGUGAGAUUUUGGUGUCCAAACUCCUAAACCCUCCAUUGACGGACUCCGGCUGCUCGUGAGCUGGCCGUACUUCGCUCUCAAAUGGUUACUUCCGAUUUCGUGUUCGAACCUCCCAGCGAUGAAGAGGUUGAAUACGCGCACGACGGUGAAAGCGAAGAAGAAGAGGAGGAUGACGACGACAUAGAGGAAAAGGAAAUUAGCUCCCGAGCUAAAAAUAAGAAAUCGCAGUCGCCGUGGGACUUCUCAACCUAUUCCGAAUCCGUCGCCGAUGAACAUGCUCGCCGGAGCACCACUUCAGUGGAUUACAAAAUCUCCAAGGCUCUCCAACAACGCGCGGGUCCAAUUGCCGCCGACGACGACGAGGAGGAAGACGACAGCGAUAGUGAUUACGAGCCGCACCACCAGGAGGACUAUGUUCCGGAGGAUGACGACGACGACGUUGACACAAGUGGUGUCGAUAGAAAAUCAUUCUUUGCGUCAGCUGAGGGAGUCUCAUUCCAUGCUAACUCGUUCAUGGAGCUUCAUCUGUCUAGGCCAUUGCUUCGAGCUUGCGAAGCAUUAGGCUAUGCUAAACCCACCCCAAUUCAGGCUGCUUGUAUUCCUUUGGCAUUAACUGGUCGUGAUAUAUGUGGGAGUGCUAUUACAGGCUCUGGGAAGACAGCUGCCUUCUCAUUACCAACACUAGAGAGACUUUUGUACCGUCCUAAGAAUAGGCCUGCUAUUAGGGUGCUCAUUCUUACCCCAACCAGAGAGUUGGCUGUUCAAGUCCAUAGUAUGAUAGAAAAACUUGCGCAAUUUAUGACUGAUAUCAGAUGCUGUUUGGUUGUUGGUGGGCUUUCAGUGAAGGAACAAGUUUCAGCCUUGAGAUCAAUGCCUGAUAUUGUUGUUGCUACUCCAGGACGCAUGAUAGAUCAUCUACGCAAUUCUAUGUCCGUUGAUUUGGAUGAUCUUGCAGUUCUUAUUCUUGAUGAAGCAGAUCGACUUCUGGAGCUUGGGUUUAGUGCUGAAAUUCGUGAACUGGUUAGACUCUGCCCUAAACGUAGGCAAACCAUGUUAUUCUCUGCAACUAUGACUGAAGAAGUUGAUGAGCUUAUCAAACUCUCUUUGAAUAAACCUUUGCGCCUAUCUGCUGAUCCUUCUGCAAAAAGACCAUCAACAUUAACUGAAGAGGUGGUUAGGAUACGCCGAAUGCGGGAAGGAAACCAGGAGGCAGUGCUUCUUGCCUUGUGCUCCAAAACAUUCACAUCUAAAGUGAUUGUUUUCAGUGGAACAAAGCAGGCAGCCCAUAGAUUGAAGAUUUUAUUUGGUUUAGCUGGUUUUAAAGCUGCCGAGCUACAUGGAAACCUUACGCAGGCUCAACGUCUGGGUGCUCUGGAACUUUUCAGGAAACAGGAGGUGGAUUUUCUGAUUGCAACUAAUGUUGCUGCUCGUGGGCUUGACAUUAUUGGUGUUCAAACUGUUAUAAAUUUUGCAUGUCCCCGAGAUCUUACGAGUUAUGUUCAUCAAGUGGGUCGUACAGCUAGAGCUGGUAGAGAAGGUUAUGCUGUUACAUUUGUCACUGAUAAUGAUCGCUCACUUCUGAAAGCCAUUGUUAAACGGGCUGGUUCAAGGCUGAAGAGUCGAAUUGUCGCUGAGCAAUCAAUAAUCAAAUGGGCUAAAAUAAUUGACCAAAUGGAGGAACAAGUUGCAGAAAUCCUUCAAGAAGAGAGGGAAGAAAUGAUUCUGAGGAAAGCUGAAAUGGAAGCUACAAAGGCAGAAAAUAUGAUUGCACACAAAGAUGAAAUUUAUUCACGCCCUAAAAGAACAUGGUUUAUGACAGAAAAGGAGAAAAAGCUUGUGGCAAAGGCAGCUAAAGGCUCUAUGGAGAAAGGAAGGGAUUCUGUAAACAAGGUAAUCAGUGCUGAACAAGCAGAAGACCUCAAGAUGAAGGAAAAGAGGAAGCGAGAGCGUGAGAAAAAUCUGCCUAGGAAGAAAAGGAGGAAGUUGGAGGCUGCCCGAGAACUAUUAGAAGACGAAAAUGGUUCAGAUGAAAGAAAUGAGAAAACAAAGAAAGACAAGAAAGGAAUUAACCUUGUUGAUCUAGCUUAUCGUCGGGCAAAAUCAGUCAAGGCUGCAAAGAGGGCGGCUGAUGCUGGCAAGAUUAUAAGAAAGGAAGGGAAAAAAACAAAACGACCUACCAAAGUAAAUCAAUCCAGGACAGAGGAGAUGCGAGAUCUUUUCAAAGCUGAUAUGAGUGAGGAGAAAAAGAAGAGAUCACAUUCUGGUGGGGUAAAGAAGAAAUCUUCAUUCAAAAGCAAGUCAAGGUACAAGAGAAAGUAAACAGCUUACCGCAAGACCUUGAUAGGCCAGAUACAGUGACUUGCCUCAGGUUGAAAGGAUUGUCUAGUGAAAGGUUUAAUUUAUUAUGAUUGUUUGACACCAGAAGGCGGAGUUUCACUGACCCUGACUCUCAGAGUGGAUACUCAAAAGUAACUGUUUCAAAUGCAAUAGAAGUUGGACAACCUCUCCAGCCUGCUUUCUGGAUAUCAAUAGCAAUAGGAUGUGUUUUUUUUAAUAGGUUGCCCUUGAAUUAACACAAUGAUAUGUUGUAAUUCUUGCAAAUUCCAAUGACAUUUAUACAUUUACCCACAUUGGGUUGUAUCAGCCCUCAAAUUUUGGCUAUCUUUGGGCUCAUUUCUACCAUCAGAGUUUUUGUUUUU